AUGAGCGUCACAGUGCGCCCAUCUGUAGAACUUCCCCCACGGAACUAUCCCGACCCUGAAGGCACGCCUUCCAGAACGGAAAAGAAGAGUAAUCUGCCUGGUAUUGCCGCGCUUCCGCAUUACGAAUCUUGGAUCGCUGCAAAGUCUAAGCACAAUGGUCUCGUUAAACAGGUUAAGGAGCGAAUCGAGAAAGCUAGGAAAUUCGUAUUGCGGAUCAAUGAGAUUCCACCAAGCAAGGACGGCCGGCACAUUGACCUUGACGCCUCUCGCAAGAUGGCAUUGACCGAUGACCGCACUGGGAAACUCUACGUUCCAAACACCAUUCGCUCUAGCCGCUACAACGCCUGGAAUUUCGUUCCUAGGCAGCUGCUUGCGCAAUUCUCUAAACUCGCAAACUUCUACUUCUUAUGCGUCUCCAUUCUCCAGAUGAUACCCGGUCUUAGUACCACUGGCACAUAUACAACUAUUGUUCCGUUAGCAUUUUUCAUAAGUCUUUCGAUGUUUAAGGAGGGUUACGACGAUUUCUGCAGAUACAAACUUGACAAAGCGGAAAACAACAGUGAGGCCACUGUUCUCCGCGCGUAUCAACCUAUUGCCAAUAAGGAGGCAGCAGACGAGGAACAGUCGACUUCACAACCAGGCGGUCCGAUUCACUGGGCACCGAUCAAGUGGAAGAACAUUCGGGUCGGAGACGUGGUCAAGCUUAAGCGUGACGAAGCAGCUCCCGCUGACCUGGUACUCUUACAUUCCACCGGUGCUAACGGGGCUGCUCAUAUCGAGACCAUGGCCUUGGACGGUGAGACAAAUCUCAAGAGCAAGCAAGCAAGUGCGGUAUUGGCAAAAGCUUGCCAAAGCGACGAAGAUCUCUCUGUUUGCAAGGCACACUUCGUAGUUGAGGAUCCUAACCUGGAUCUAUAUAACUUCGAGGGUCGUGUUACCUAUGACGGGGAAACUGCGCCGCUGACGAAUGCGGAGAUCGUAUACCGUGGCAGUAUUUUGCGGAACACUCCAGAAGCCGUCGGCAUGGUCAUUUAUACCGGUGAAGAAUGUAAGAUCCGGAUGAAUGCGAACAAAAACCCGAGAAUCAAGGCUCCGGCCCUGCAAAGUCUUGUCAACAAGAUUGUUCUUAUCAUCGUCGUCUUCGUCAUCGUGUUGGCCAUAUUCAAUACCGUUGCUUACCAGAUCUGGUCCUCGAGAAACGAGGGCGACGCCUGGUACUUAACGAAUGCUGGAGUGGCCUUCUUCCCUAUCCUCACAUCAUUCAUCAUCAUGUUCAACACCAUGAUUCCUCUAUCACUUUACGUGAGCUUGGAGAUUGUCAAGGUGUGGCAGAUGUGGCUGCUCAACGACAUUGACAUGUAUCACGCCGAAUCGAACACACCUUUUGAAGCUCAUACAUCCACUAUCAACGAGGAAUUGGGCCAGAUCAGCUACAUUUUCUCAGACAAAACCGGUACUCUUACGGACAAUACGAUGAAGUUUCGUAAGAUGAGCGUAGCUGGUACUUCAUGGCUUCAUAAUCAUGACCUCGGACCAGGGGAUAUUUACCCUCGACCUACUAGACCCAAGAAGAAGAACAACAAGGGAAAGAAACCAUUGCGCAAGAGCUUGGCAUCAGUCAAACAAGCUAUGAAAAACGGAUCCGAGACUGUCGAAAACAUAAAUGAAGAAGGUUCAUCCGAUGCCUUGGUGCCUCACCGAGAGAGUAGUCAAUGGACCUCAUCAGCUCGUCCUGGCAGGGUUCAGCCAGAACUUCUGACAACCGGUGAUUUGAUUCGUUAUAUACAACGGAAACCUUACACUGUCUUUGCCCGGAAGACUCGUUUGUUCCUACUUUCGAUUUCUCUAUGCCAUACCUGUUUGCCGGAGGAACAAAAGGACGGCACCAUUGACUUUCAAGCUUCCUCACCUGAUGAGCUGGCGCUUGUCAGAGCUGCCCAAGAACUCGGGUACAUGGUUGUUAACCGCGAUAUCAACACCAUCACCCUCAAGAGCCGUACUGCUGCCAAUGGCGAGCCAAUCAUCGAAACAUACGAGGUGCUUGAUGUCAUUGAGUUUUCCAGCAAGCGGAAGAGGAUGUCAGCUAUCGUCCGAUUUCCCGACAACCGCAUCUGCAUUCUUUGCAAGGGAGCCGACUCUAUCAUCAUGCAGCGCCUCAAGCAUGCUCAGAUAGCCAAUCAGAAGGUUGUGGAGAUUGAGCGUCGGGCAAGUAAACGCAAAAGCAUGGAAGCUCAAGUUGCUAUAGCCCGGAAAAGCGAACAGGUUGAGCGGACCAGGAACAGCAUGAGCCGCCCCAGCUUUUCAAUGGGCCGUGCCAGCGCUGGUGGUCUUGGCCGUACCAGCAUUGGUGGAACCGGUCGUGCCAGCAUGGGUGGACUCAGUCGCGCCAGCGCUGGUGGGUUGGGGCGUACGAGUAUGUCUGGCAACAAGUUGCAGCCUGUCAGAGAUGAGCUUAAUAACUGGCUCACUGAACGCGAAAGAGAUGUUGAUGUCUCUUCCAUGGAGGAAAAUAGUAUUUACUAUUCGCCACGCCCAUCCGCUCAAAUCGGCCGGGCUUCGAUGGCUGUCUCUGAGGCUCGCAGCUCAAUGCAGCUUGAUGACGAUGAAGAAGAUCUGGUUGAAGAGUCACUUGUGGUCGAUGAACCUACUGUCAUUGAACGGUGUUUCCAACACAUUAAUGACUUUGCCACCGAGGGUCUGCGUACAUUGCUUUACGGAUAUCGUUUUAUCGAUGAACAAGAGUACCGAGGAUGGAAGAAGAUCUACCUCGACGCGACCACCAGCCUAGUGGAUCGUCAAGUCAUGAUUGAGCAAGCUGGUGAGCUGAUAGAGCAGAAUCUUGAUCUGGCUGGUGCUACGGCUAUCGAAGAUAAGCUACAGAACGGUGUACCACAAGCAAUUGACAAGUUGCGCAGAGCCAACAUCAAGAUGUGGAUGUUAACUGGCGACAAGCGCGAAACCGCUAUCAACAUUGGCCAGUCCUGCCGUUUGAUCAAGGACUACUCAUCCGUCACAAUCCUAGAUCAUGAGUCUGGAGAUGUUGAGCAGCACAUUGCCUCUGCCAUUGUCAGCACUACUUCCGGCAAUGUUGCACACUCUGUCAUGGUUGUUGACGGUCAGACGCUAUCAAUGAUUUCAGAGGACCACUCGCUACACUCCCUAUUCUUCGAUCUUGCCGUUCUGGUCGACUCUGUCAUUUGCUGCCGCGCCAGCCCCAGCCAAAAGGCCAGCUUGGUUAGUAUGGUACGCAAGAAGGUCAAGAAGAGCAUCACUCUUGCCAUUGGUGAUGGUGCGAACGACAUCGCAAUGAUUCAAGAAGCUCACGUUGGUAUUGGAAUCACGGGUAAGGAGGGUCUCCAGGCAGCCAGGGCUUCGGACUAUUCCAUUGCACAGUUCAGGUUCCUCACCAAGCUUUUGUUGGUGCACGGGCGAUGGAACUAUAUCAGGACAUGCAAGUACACCGUUGCAACAUUCUGGAAAGAAUUCGUCUUCUAUCUUACUCAGGCAUUGUUCCAGAGAUGGACUGGAUACACAGGCACUAGUCUCUACGAGUCCUGGAGUUUGAGUAUGUUCAACACGCUCUUCACCUCCUUACCGGUUAUCAUCCUGGGUAUCUUCGAGCAAGACCUCGCCCCGUCGACAUUGCUCGCCGUUCCAGAACUGUAUACCAAGGGCCAACUCAGCGGUGGUUUCAACUUCAAGGUCUACCUAGGCUGGAUAUUCAUGGCGUCAUCAGAGGCCAUAGUCGUAUUCUUCUGCAUGCUGGGCUUGUACGGGCAAGCCCUCUUCACUGAAGAUCAGGGCCUCUUCGCCAUGGGAGACCUCACAUUCACGGCGAUCGUUGUCCUGAUCAGUGUCAAACUGCAGCUUCUGGAAAUGCACACGAAGACAUACACGGCUCUGUUCAGCCUCGUGCUGUCUGUCGGCGGCUGGUUCCUGUGGAACAUCAUCCUGGCGGCCAUGUACAGCAACAACGAAAUCUACAAUGUCAAGGAUGGCUUCUUCGAUCGCUUCGGACGCAACGCAUCGUGGUGGCUGACGCUGAUCAUGAUCCUAGCAUCAGUCAUCGUCUUUGAAUUGGGCAUCUCAUCACUCCGUGCGACAUUCUUCACAACCGACGUUGACGCCUUCCAGGAGCUAGAGAAAGACCCACAGAUCCGACGGCGCUUCGAGGACGCUAGUGUCGACGAGUUGCAACAGGGCUGGCUACUACGUGGUGACAAGGACGCCAAGGACAAGCGUGCCAGCGUUGGCGACGUGCCGGCCCUGACGGCACGAGAGCAGGAGGAGCGCGAGGGCGAGGUCCGCGAUUUGCUACGGAAUAGGCCGGCGAGCCUAGAGGAAGGUCGUGCAAACGAGGGCGCAGACGCUGCGCGUGCGAAGCCCCGCAGCAGCCUCGAGAUCCAGGAGAUGUUGUCCAGAGGCUUCGGCAGUGUGAGGAGAUAG